AUGGAGGUGGUAAAUGGUGACCCAAAUCCGGGACCUUCUACCCAAUAUGAGGAGAAUUUUCCAAGUUUACCAUCUGUUAGAAUCCCAUCCCAAACCCGAUUGUCAAAUAUUAAGUCUUUUGCCGCUAAUAACAUAACUACGAUAAUUGAGAUUCCAGUUUCAGAGCUGAAAGGCGAUUUAAAGAGACAAGGAGAUGUGUGUGGAGAAAUAUCAAAGUCGUGUGGUGUGGAGAUUGUUUUAACAAAUUGUAAAAACAAAUCCCUUAGUGUUAUGAUAACUGGGCCACAGUCGCAGGUGGAAAAAGCCAAAUCCCAGGUUACUCAAAGUCUGCAUAUGCAGGGCAAACGUGUUAUUAAAAUAAGUCACGAACAUCAUCGUCAUUUAAUCGGCCAUAUGGGAAUGCGUAAACGCGCUAUUGAGGAAAAAACUCUUACAAAGAUCAUCGUUCCAAAUCCUGAGAGUAAUUCUGAUGAAAUUGUGAUUGAGGGUCCUCACAAGUGUUUGGAAGCGGCUGAGCAGGAGAUACGUAAGACAAUUAAGCAGUACUCUGAACAAGUCAGACAAAAUCUAAAUAUAGAACAGGAGUAUCACGUAUUUGUCAACGGACCGCGCAACAAAACCCUGAAUAAAAUACAAACUGAAACUGGAGCGAAAAUUAAUAUACCUCCGUAUACAAAAACAAGCAAUGAAAUUACGGUAGUAGGUAAAAAGGAGGAGGUUGCUAAAGCAGUCAAGCAAAUCAAUGAUUUGAUUGAAUCUUUAAAAAAAUGUUACGUAAAUCAGUUAAUUCCUGUCGAUAUUGAUUCUUCUAAAUUUGAUUAUAUCAUCGGACCUCGAAAUAGCGGUAUUACUGAAAUCUUCGAGCAGACGGGAAUGUUCAUCGAUCCUCCUCUUGAGAAUUGUAACCAGUUCCGUUUUCGUGGCGAUUCGAACAAUUUAGGCAACGCACUUGUUGCCAUUUACAAGAAGGCUAACAGUACCGAUAUUGAAACAGUCACUGCCCCACAGCAUCUUCAUAGGCUUUUAAUUGGUAAAAAUGGAUCAGCACUUAAUGAAAUUAGAAAGGGAUAUCUUGACGUUGCAAUCAGUUUUCCUGAAACUGGUGAGCAUAUCAAAAUCGAAGGACCGGUGGAAGAGGUUAGUGCCAUUAAGAAUCGUCUACAGGCGAGAGUUGUGGAAUUAAUGGCAUCUCAUCACUUAGAAACCCUCGAAGUCGAUCCGAAGUAUCAGGGCAAGCUUCUUGAUUUUCUGCGACAAUAUUUCCGCUCGAGAAAACUCAAUGUUCGUCAGGUUAAGGCUGCGGAGUGUGGGAUGCCCGAGAAUGAACAACACAUUUUUCUUGAGGGAGAAGUAUCGGCUGUCGAGACGACAAAGGCUGAAGCUCUUAAAAUGGUCAAAAAAUGGACCAAUGAGAAAACUAAAGACGUCAUUGUUGAGCCGCGUAUUCAGGACCUAUUAAGAAACGAUAAACCGGCACCUAUUAAUGAAAUUUACAAUGAAUUCAAAGAGGUUUCUGUCCGUUGGCCUCAGGAUAAUACCCGACGAUCUCAAAGUUCUCCACAGACUAGUAACGUAGGCAUCUCGCCCUCAACAACCAGUCAUGUUGUACAACUCUCUGGUCCACGUGAUCAAGUUGACGCUGCUUAUGAGAAGCUAGCAAAACUCAUUAAAAAAGUACGAGAUGAAAACUAUGAACAGGAAUUUAGCAUCUUCGAAGACUGUAGGGACCGUAUUUUGGGCCCAACUAUUUGCAAACUGCUGAAGGACACCAAUACUCGGAUUCGCUACUUCGAUAGGGAGAAGACUCGUGGUGUAAUUUUUGGAGUUCAAUCCAAUGUUGAGACAGCAAUUGUUCAACUGGAGAGACUUCAACGCUCUUUGGCGACUAUUGAAGAGGUCACUAUUACACUACCCUCUUGGAUGUUAACUAAAAAGGCCGGUAAUUCAAAUGCCCGUCUACGAUCGAUUCGUGAACAAUGUGAAGGGGUGCAGUUAAAGCAGGUCCCUGCUAAUCCUCGCAAAUUGAUCAUUUCGGGUCCACCACAAUCUAUUGAAAAAGCCAAGGGUCUUAUCGAUUCCAUUUCAACUAAUAUGCCCGAAGGUUGCACGGAGGCUACGGUCAUUUGUGAUCCUAUGCAUCAUGGUCAACUAAUCGGACGUAAUGGCGCAAAUUUAAAGAGAUUCCGUGAGCGACAUAAUGUUGAGGUUCUCAUUCCUGAACAAAACGAGACCGACCCCAAACUAGCCAACGAGAUUUGUUUAGUUGGUGAGAAGGAUGCUGUAUCCAAGGCUGCUGCAGAAUUACAACAGACAAUAAAAAAUUGGGAGGAUGAAGGAGAGACCUCUAUAGAGUGCGAUGCCGAUGUGCUUCAAGAUUUGAAGAAUUACAUUUUCGCUUUCCACUAUCCCGAGUUGCAGAAUGUCAAGAUUUUCUACCCUAAACCCACGCCACCACCAAAUUCCAAUCAAACCGUUGUGAACGGUAAUGGCCAAACUAAUAUAAAAACUCGUAUUCGUGGACCCAAAAGCUGUCUCCAGGAAGCAGAACAAUGCCUCCAGACAGUUAUUGAGGACAUUAAAUCGCAGAAAACUGUGACACAACCUAUUACUGAGCAAACGCACAGUCAAGCUUUCAGGAAGCUUCGUUCUACUCUUCCCGAAGUCGAAAGAAGCCACAAGGUUUUAAUUAAACUCCAUUUGGAGAAAGAACCCAUUCAGAAUGGGGAGAGUACCAUCUACGGACACAUUACCUAUAUUGGUCCCCAGGAAAGAAUCGACGAUGCGAUAAUGAAUGGCAUUAAUCCCCUUCUUCCUGUAAAUGAGGUAGUUGUCUUCCCUCAAGAGUUUUACGGCAAACUCUUCGUUUCUGAACAAUCUCAACAGCAAGUAGAUCGCACUCAAGGCAACCGCAGAGGUCAAAAAAUAAGUUUCCAGAAAUCUAACCAGAAGAGCAAUCAACCUGAAACUGUCGAAGAGACUCCAGCUAAAACAAGGCUCAUUGGUCUCCAGAGGAAAUAUAAUGUUAUUAUCAAUGUUCCAAAGAGGACCUCCUCCGAGCAGAUAACCGUCUCUGGUACUCCGGAAGCUGUUCAGGGUUGUAAGAAGGAAUUGGAAGCUCUCGGUGCUAAAUUACAAGCUGAAAAGGCCGAUUGGGAGGCGAGAACUUAUGAGGAGGCGCUGAAUGUUGAAAAGCGUUUCUUAAAUCGUAUUAUUUCCGGCCAUAAGCACCAAGUAUUUGAAAAAUAUGGUGUAGCUAUCUUUACCCGUGGCCAACGUGCUUCUAAGAAUAAUAAUGCCGCUGUGGCCGCUUUCGAUAAAAAUGUGGAUGAAAACGCUCCUAAAACAAAUGGUGAAACCUCUUUGGAUCAACCAAGUGCUCUUCCGGAUCUUAGCAGAUUUGCUGGCUUUACUCUUCUAGAUACAACUCUGGUACCGUUAAUCAUACAAGGAUAUAAAGAAAAGGUGCAAUUGGUACGUGAAGAAUUGGAAAAGGUGCUUGAAGACUGCAGUACUUUUGAAUGCCAGGAAUUGGUUAUUCCACGCGAUACUCAUGCACGUUUGAUCGGUUCUCAGCGUUCUUCCAUUCGUCCAUUUGAGGAGAAGUAUGACGUUGAAGUUGAGUUUCCUCCACGUGGCUGCCGCGAAAAUCAAACUGAAAUUGUCCUUGUUCUUGGACCUAAGAAUAAAGCAGAUGCUGCUGCAAAUGAGCUGGCAUAUAUGUUGGAUAGUGGUACACCCGCCCACCUCACAAAAAUUACGUCUUUCCACCAGGGGUCUCCUUCCUGCAACUGCUACUUCAUUUGA